AUGAACGUAGCACCCAGUCUUCAAACUCUCAUUGAAAACUCCCGGGUGGAAAGCCCGUCCUAUGACGGAAAUUUCAGGGUGGACGUGACUGCCAGGCUACACCUCCUAUCACCGGACGAUACGGAAGAACGUUACUUCCUGAAGUCGGCGCCAGAGAAGCAUGGUCGAACGUUGAUGGAGGGCGAAUUCAACGCGAUGUCUGAGCUACACAAGUGGGCUCCAUAUCUAGUGCCCAAACCACACUCGUGGGGGCAAUACGAAUUCGAGGAUCCCGAAGCAUACUUUUUCCUGUCAGAGUACAUCGACAUGCGCGACAGAAUGCCGGAUCCAAAUCAGCUAUGUAAGAAGCUGGCUCGCCUGCAUCGCGAGAGUACCUCACCUACGGGGCAUUACGGAUUUCAUGUAACGACGUGUCAAGGCCGUGCAGCACAAUCUGUAGCAUGGGAGGAGAACUGGACCAAAUUCUACGUCAAACUCCUGCAACACGUCAUCGACGUCGGUUUCGACCUUAAUGGGCCUCGGGAUGAGCUUGACAAGGCUGAGAAGCGUCUCAUAGAAAUUGUGAUCCCGAGGUUGCUGGACGCGCUCAGCGAAGGAGACCGUAAGAUCAAGCCAAGCUUGAUCCACGGUGAUCUGUGGGAGGGUAAUAUCGGGACCGCUUUUGACGGCGGCAACGUGUAUCUCUUCGACUCUGCUGCCUUCUAUGCUCAUAACGAGCUCGAAGUGGCGGAUUGGAGGCCUUACUAUAACAAGAUCAGCAACAAGAUAUACGCGAAGACUUAUCUGAAGCAUUACGGACCUAGCGAGCCAAAGGAAGAGUGGGAUGAUCGUAAUCGGCUCUACAGCAUUUAUUGGAAUGUGAUAUACUCGGUCAGUCACGUUGCUCAGGGCAAAGCCAUACGUCAGGUGGCAUACAAUGACAUGCUUUUCCUCAUCGACAAGUACGCACCUUUCCCGGAGGGUGAGAGACCGGCGACACUGCAGGAAACUGAAAUGGCCUCCCUUUCAUCAGAACGGGAUCAUACUGUGUAA